UCGUCCCGUCACAACACACGCUCUGGCGACUGUAGCUGGCUGAUGAUUGACACAAAGACUGUAGUAAAACUCCACUCAGGACAACGUCACAUCACCUCACAAGGUCAGACACAGCAACCAAGACAACGCUCCACCUUGACACACGAAGGGGAAACAGCUCCGACUCUCCUUCAGCAACAUUAACGUCAGUCAUUAUUAGUUAUUAUGCUGCUAGCCAGUAAUGGCGCAGCAGCACUAGCUAGCUUUAGCCGAAGCACACAGGCGGUGUUACCCACGGUGAAAUAGCGUGAACUGGUUAGGUCUGAGCUCAGUUUUGUAAAGCAGACGUGUUGGUCCGAACCGUUGCUACGGCUGCGCGUGUUCCCGUGGUCGGGAAUUCAAAUGUAAGCAUCUUCAGCACCGGAAGUGGAUACAGUAACGUGCCACGCCUGCUGUUGAGAAGAGACUGGACACGUUCGCGUCAACGCUCAGAGUUGACUUCGAGGAUGUAACAGCCCCCCGCGGUGUCUGGGAAUGUCUGCAUGAGUGGAAUACUGUAAUUCUGCAGGCUUCCUACUAAGCUUUCCUCAGGAGUAUGCCUAAGCAGAGUGAUGACAUCAUGUUGCAUCAUGUUCAUCAUUUUUCAGAAAUGAAUCUAGACAGGAUCUACAUGGACUACAAUGCUACUACUCCGCUGGAACCGGAGGUGACCGAGGCCAUCACUGAAGCCCUGCAGCAAGCCUGGGGAAACCCCAGCAGCAGCUAUAUCGCAGGUGCCAAAGCGAAGGCGAUCAUUGAUCAGUCCAGAGAGAAUGUGGCAAGAAUGGUUGGAGGGAGAGCAGAGGACAUAAUUUUUACCUCAGGGGGGACAGAGGCCAAUAACCUGGUGCUCCACACUGCGGUCGAGCACUUCAGGAGACACCGCAGGGCUGCAGAGCAAGGCGAAGGCCUCCCGCACAUCAUCACCUCCAACGUGGAACACGACUCGGUCAAGCUCGUCGCGGAGCACUUGCAGAGAGAGGGCAAGGCAGAUGUUACGUUUGUCCCCGUGUCUAAGACGACAGCUCGCGUAGAGGUGGAGGAAGUCGUCGCUGCGGUGCGUCCCAACACUUGCCUCAUCUCCGUCAUGCUGGCCAACAAUGAGACGGGAGUCAUCAUGCCAGUCCAAGAGAUGUGCCAGAGAAUAAAAUCUCUCAACAAGCAGCGGGAGCGGCUCAGGAUCCUGCUCCACACCGACGCUGCCCAGGCUCUCGGAAAGAUCCACGUAGAUGCCUGCGAACUGGGCGUGGAUUACCUCACCAUAGUGGGACACAAGUUCUAUGCCCCUCGGAUCGGGGCUUUGUACGUAAGCGGCCCUGGAACGAGGACGCCGCUGUAUCCUCUACUGUUCGGAGGAGGACAGGAGAGAAACUUCAGACCAGGCACUGAAAACACACCGAUGAUCGCUGGUCUGGGAAAGGCUGCAGAACUGGUGACCUCCAAACUGUCAGAUUAUCAGCGUCAUAUGCAAAGUACCAAACUUUACUUGGAAGAACGACUCGGGGCCAUAUUUAAGGACAGGAUCCGCUUCAACAGCCGUUACCCCGGCUCUGAUAUCCUCCCCAACACAUGUAACGUGUCCAUCCUGGGCCCAACUUUACAAGGCUGGAGGGUAUUGUCCACCUGCAGGAGGCUGCUGGCCAGCGUCGGAGCCGCCUGCCACUCAGGCAGUGGAAACAGGCCUUCCCAUAUCCUCCUGAGCUGCGGCGUCCCCCAAGAGGUGGCCGCCAACGCUCUGAGGUUGAGCGUGGGCAGGGGGACCUCCAGGGAGGACGUGGACGUGGUCGUGGAGGAUCUGAGGGAAACUGUGCAGCUGUUGGAGGAAAUAAACUGACAGACUCUCCUAAUGUGGAAUGAGGAUGCACAGGGAUUAAAAAUGCACCGUCUGUUGGUUAUUGUUACAUGUAAAAUGGAUGAAAUAUUUAAAAUAAAUAAUAAAAGAGAAGAACUUGAAGUGACCGGGGGGGGUACUGCAUGUACUCAGCUUCCAGCACGUCACAUGAGUAGCUAAUCAGCUAAUUGGAGUCAGGGCGACAUGUAGUAGUAUUAUUGACAUUAAAUAUUAACAUUCACAAAUCUUUUCACCGAUCUAAUCAAACAUGAAAUGUUCAAUGUAGAUAAUAAUCCUGCAAAUUUUAUCAGGCUUUUACUCAGAUUAAAAUAAAAUAAAAAAUGCCUCGUAAUCCACCAUG